GCGGCCCCGCUACUUGGUGCCGGCUGGCCCUUCCUUGUGGACCCCCAGGCUUCUCCUCCUCCGCGCGGACUCUGUGCUUCCGGCAGGCCAGUCGGGAGCUCCGGAGCCGCAGGCACAGAAUCUCUCAAGUGAAAGUCUAUUUUUGCUUUUGAAUUUGACCAGAAAGCAAUUUAUUUUUAAAGAAAGUAUAAUGUCUCCUUUGAAGAUACAUGGUCCUAUAAGAAUUCGAAGUAUGCAAACUGGAAUUACAAAAUGGAAAGAAGGAUCUUUUGAAAUUGUGGAAAAAGAAAAUAAAAUCAGCUUAGUUGUUCACUACAAUACUGGAGGAAUUCCACGGCUAUUUCAGCUAAGUCAUAAUAUUAAAAACGUGGUGCUUCGGCCCAGUGGAGCAAAACAAAGCCGCCUGAUGUUAACUCUACAAGAUAACAGCUUCUUGUCUAUUGACAAAGUACCAAGUAAGGAUGCGGAGGAAAUGAGGCUGUUUUUAGAUGCAGUCCAUCAAAACAGACUUCACACAGCCAUGAAACCUCAGGGGUCUGGUAGCUUUGGAGCCGUUCUGGGCAGCAGGACUUCACAGAAGGAAACCAACAGGCAGCUUUCAUACUCAGACAAUCAAGUCUCUUCAAAAAGAGGAAAUUUGGAAACUAAAGAUGAUACUCCAUUUCGAAAAGUUCUUGGUAAUCCAGGUAGAGGCUCCAAUAAGACCACAGCAGGAAGUGGAAUAACUAUCACGAGGACUAUUCCCACUUUGACAUCUACAUCAACACCUCUUAGGUCAGGGUUUAUAGAAAACAGAACUGAAAAGAGGAAAAGAAUGCUAUCAUCUGGCUCAGAGUUGAAUGAAGAUUACCCUAAGGAAAAUGAUUCAUCGUCGAACAACAAGGCUAUGACAGAUCCCUCCAGGAAGUAUUUAACCAGCAGUAGAGAGAAGCAGCUGAGUUUGAAACAGGCAGAAGAGAACAGGACCUCAGGGUUGUUACCUUUGCAGUCAUCGUCCUUUUACGGUAGCAGAUCUGGAUCUAAGGACUAUUCUUCUGGCAGCACUAAUCUAGACAGGACUAAUGUUUCAAACCAAGCUCCCUCAGCCAAAAGAAGUUUGGGCUUCCUCCCUCAGCCAACUCCUCUCUCUGUUAAAAAACUGAGAUGUAACCAGGAUUACACUGGGUGGAACAAACCACGGCAGCCCUUUUCUUCUCAUCAGCAGCAACAGCUGCAGGGCUUCUCCAAUUUGGGAAAUACCUGCUAUAUGAAUGCUAUUUUGCAAUCUUUAUUUUCACUUCAGUCAUUUGCAAAUGACUUGCUUAAGCAAGGCAUCCCAUGGAAGAAAAUCCCAUUGAAUGCACUUAUCAGACGCUUUGCACACUUGCUUGUUAAAAAAGAUAUCUCUAACUCUGAAACCAAAAAAGAUUUACUCAAAAAGGUUAAAAAUGCAAUAUCAGCUACAGCAGAGAGAUUCUCUGGUUAUAUGCAGAAUGAUGCACAUGAAUUUCUAAGUCAGUGCUUAGAUCAGCUGAAAGAAGAUAUGGAAAAGUUAAACAAAACAUGGAAAACCGAACCAUUCCCUGGAGAAGAAAAUUCACCAGAUAUAUCAGCCACCAGAGUAUAUACUUGCCCUGUUAUUACUAAUUUGGAGUUCGAAGUCCAACAUUCCAUCAUUUGUAAAGCAUGUGGAGAGAUUAUUCCCAAAAGAGAACAGUUCAAUGACCUCUCUAUAGACCUUCCUCGAAGGAAAAAACCACUCCCUCCUCGUUCAAUUCAAGAUUCCCUUGACCUUUUCUUUAGAGCGGAAGAACUUGAGUAUUCCUGUGAGAAGUGUGGCGGGAAGUGUGCUCUUGUCAGGCACAAAUUUAACAGGCUGCCCAGGGUCCUUAUUCUUCAUUUGAAACGAUACAGCUUCAAUGUCGCUCUCUCACUUAACAACAAGGUUGGACAGCAAGUCAUCAUUCCACGAUACCUGACCCUGUCAUCUCAUUGCACUGAAAACACAAAACCACCCUUCACUCUUGGUUGGAAUGCACACAUGGCAAUUUCUAGACCAUUGAAAGCCUCUCAAAUGGUGAAUUCCUGCGUCACCAGCCCUUCUACACCUUCAAAGAAUUUCAACAUCAAAUCCAAGAACUUGGCUUUAUGCCUCGAUUCAGACAGUGAGGAUGAGCUAAAACGCUCUUUGGCCCUCAGCCAAAGACUUUGUGAAAUUUCAGGUAGUGAGCAGCAUCAGGAAGACGUGGAAAAAGAUGCCAAACCAUGCAGGAUAGAGCCUGAUAAGUCUGAACUGGAAAACUCAGGCUUUGAUGGAAUGAGUGAGGAAGAGCUUCUAGCAGCUGUCUUAGAGAUAAGUAAGAGAGAAACUUCACCGUCUCUGAGUCAUGAUGAUGAUGAUAAACCAACCAGCAGCCCAGAUACCGGAUUUGCAGAAGAUGAUAUUCAAGAAAUGCCUGAAAACCCAGAACCUAUGGAUAUUGACAAGCCCAAAACAAUCACAGAGCCAGAUCCUGCCAGUUUCACUGAGAUAACUAAAGAUUGUGACGAGAAUAAAGAAAACAAAACUCCAGAAGGAUCUCAAGGAGAGGUUGACUGGCUCCAACAGUAUGAUAUGGAGCGUGAAAGAGAAGAGCAAGAGCUGCAGCAGGCUUUGGCUCAGAGCCUUCAGGAGCAAGAGGCUUGGGAACAGAAAGAAGAUGAUGACCUCAAAAGAGCUACAGAGUUAAGUCUUCAAGAGUUUAACAACUCCUUUCUGGACUCAUUGGGUUCUGAUGAAGACUCUGGAAAUGAGGAUAUUUUAGAUAUGGAAUACACAGAAGCCGAAGCUGAGGAACUAAAAAGAAAUGCUGAGACAGGAAAUCUCCCUCAUUCAUACCGGCUCAUCAGUGUCGUCAGUCACAUUGGGAGUACUUCAUCUUCAGGUCAUUACAUUAGUGAUGUAUUCGACAUUAAGAAGCAGGCCUGGUUUACUUACAAUGACCUAGAGGUAUCUAAAAUCCAAGAAGCUUCGGUGCAGGCCGAUCGGGAUCGAAGUGGUUACAUCUUCUUUUAUAUGCACAAGGAGAUCUUUGAUGAACUGCUUGAGACAGAAAAGAACUCACAAACUCUUAGCAUGGAAGCAGGGAAGACCUCUCGUCAGGCCUCGUGAGAAACUCCUGGGCUGGCAGUGUGCACUGCAUAUUCUCUCUUACUGCCACCCCAUGCCUUCCCUCUGCCCAAGGAGAAUUGGAACUCUACUCGAUACAGGAGCAGCCACCAGCUCAGGGCCAAAGCAAAAGAUGAAAUCGCAGUCUAAGCGGAAUGCUCCAUGCUGAUUGUUUUAUAGAAAACUUACUCUCACAUCUGUAGGUGAUCAUCCUCUUUUUCUCCUGCAAGAGUGACAUUUCCUUUUGUCUUAGGAACACGUGUAAAUAUAUAUAUGUAUGUGUGUAUAUAUAUAUAUAUGUAUAUAUAUAUGUACAUACACGUUUAUGUGGAAUGAAUGGAGCCUUACUGGGUUACGAUGAGCCAUCAAGAGUAUGCCUGUUCAAACCAAUAGCACAGUAGUAUGGAGAAGUGAAGUUGUCAAGGAGUCCAUUCGCCUGAGAAAUGUGUGAAGAUAUACAUAUCAGUUGGCGGUUAGCUUUUACGUUCCUUGAGUAGUUUCACUCAAGCCUCUAAUCGUCUGUGUCUAUUUCUUAUUAGUAAAGUUCACUGGAAAGCCAGCUCUCCAUGUUACAUACACUAAUGACAGUUUGACCUCCUUACAAAGGAAGGGCAUUUCUGCCACCUGACUUGAGCUUUAAAAAAUUAUUUUCUGGAUUUGUAAUGCUUUUGCUGUUUACAUGCAGUCCCAAGAAAUGGAUUGUUGGUGCUUUGGAAUGAAUGUUAUGGUCCCACAUUUGAUAUUCUUUGUACACUUUACAUUUUCUUUAAAAAGAUUUCCUUCACACAGUAUAUUCACCAUAUAUUGUCUAUAUUAUUAUGGUGGUAAAGAUAGUAUCUUACUUUCCUUUGGUUUCACUUGUCCAUGGAACAAGCAUUACACUGAUUGCAGUCAGAACUUUAAGAGGCAAGAUAUUGUUGUCCUAAUUGGGACUCCCCAACAAGGAUAUUUGGGGCUAAGGAAAAUGCUAGCUUCUCUGUCUGUCUCUCAAGCAGAGAGAGGUCAGGAAGACUGUUUCUGUGUUAAAGUUAAAACUUUGGGCUACUAAGCUAAAAAGCCUUACAAGUAUGAAAGGAAGUACAUGAGCUAUAGGAUAAAGCUUGAACACUUAACAUUUGAUGUCUGUCUUUGCCCUUAAAACAGGAUGGGAAUUACAAAUGUGAUUCACUUAAGCAAUCCCCAAAAUUAACAAGUAACAAAGGUGCAUAAUGUCUUAACUCUUUCAGGUGCUUUGAGUUGAGGCUACAUGGGAGGACAGCAUUAAGUGCCCAUUAGUCACUCAGUUGAUAUAACCAGCUCGGCUAAGCAGCCUGUGAAUCCAUACAGGGAAUGAGUUUAAGAAGAGAAUUCUGUCCACAAAAUAAUUUUGUGAAUCCAGAAAUCAUUGGGAUCACACAGAACUAAGUGUAGCAAAAUGAAGCCCUCAAUCUGCGAGAUUGCUCUUACAUUCUGAAUAUGGACAAAACCACAUCAGAUUUUUCAAGGAGGAACUUCCUUUUCUGGAAAAUUGCCUUAAGAAAAAGCUCCAGUCCCACUCAUAAAACUUGGCUAUCUUUUAUCAUAAUCCAAAAAUGUUGAGUCUUUGAAUUUUAAAUGAUCCCAGCACUUCAUUUGACUACUGAUAAAAACUUUGCCUCCUGCCAUCUACCCAUGUUUUUUUAUAGUGAAUCUUCUAAAAUGGCAUGGUGGUGGGGUGUGCAGGAGUAGUGCAGAGCACAGGAGAGAUUUGUUUUAUAACUUAGCUUUUGAAUCUUUAUUUCUGCAAGGGAGCCUUUUUUUUUUUUUUUUUUUGCUGGAAACAGUUUUCUGAUUGAGUGAAGUGGUGAUGAAAUUCUUUAGCUAUUUAUUUUCUGUGUGUUUGAGAGACCACAUUUAAAAUGAGUGAGAAUGAUGUGAAGUAAGAACUGACUGCUUUAGGCCAUAGAGAAAAAUUAGAAAUACCAUAAGACAAGAUUGUCCAUAAGUACCUUUAGUGUGUGUGUGUGUGUGUGUGUGUGUGUGUGUGUGUGUGUGUGUGUGUGUGUGUGUGUGUAUGUAUGUUUAGGAGUAUGCUUGACUUAAAAACCUACUAAGAUUUGAAAUUUGUGUCUUGGGCAGGACUUGCUAGUUGAAAAUGGGUUGUUGAGGUAUAUGAGUGAUCUCAUUGCUCAUAUACCUGAAUGUUUGGGACUUAAUUUUACUUGAUGCCUGUCCAUUGCUGUGGCCUGGUCAGCCUUCCUCUCUUCCUUCACUCCUCUGCUACUAGUAUACAUACCCCUUUUCACUACAGAAUAACUUUCUCAUUUUUGGUUCAGUAAAGGGUAAAUGACAGCAGCUGGACCACUUUAAUAGAGUUUAUUUUUCAGUUGGCUGUAUAUAUUGAAAAUUUAUAAUUAGAUAAUUUAUUUUAUUAUUAUUUCUUUUAUUUUUGCGUAGCAUUUUGCUCAGAAUCAGGGCACAGAUCAUUUCUGGGCAUGUUGUGUCCAGGAAGGUACAAAUUAGUACUUCAGCUCCAGGUCACCUGCACAGUAGUAGCUAACCUUCCUACUGAAAAUACCAAAUGUGAUUGUUACUUUAUAUAAUGUUAAAUUGGAACUUGGCAGCACUUUGUGCCCACACUUAAUUGGAAGUUUCUACAAGGAAAAACAAAUUCAAGCUCAUCCCCUAAGUGUUUAUCCCCUAAGAUGAUGGGAUUUUGGAAGAUUGCAUGUGGCCAACCACUGUUAUCACUUUAGUAGUUGUGACUACAACUUGGGCCCAUGAGGAGAGAUAGACCUUUUGUAAGGAAUAUAUUUAUUUGUGUGUGCACAUUAAUAAGUUUUGUUUCAGCAGGACAGAUUAAGAAGUAAGUCCAUGAAUUGUUCUAUUUAUUUUUUGAUUCCAAGAGCUAUUUGUUUACUUGCCGUGGCCUGUUAAUUUUAGGCCUAACUUAAAGGCUGAAUAACAAAUGUAAAUAUGUUUACAUUUUGAGAUGUAUGCAAUGAUUACAUAUCAGUUACUUUAACCCUAGACAACAUACUUCUUCCUUUCUGUCCUUGUUUGUGAAACUCUUCUAAAAGAACAGCUGUAAGAAUUAAAGCCUAGCAAAGGAGUAGAGUACAUACCUCAAAUACUGAGGCCUUGGGUUUGCUUCCCAGCACCAAGGGAAAAAACUCUCAACAAGUGAAUUCAUGAAUUUGCUUAUUCUUCCACACUGCAGUUAGCACUAUGGAAGAAUAGAAACUCAUGUAAUGAACAUUACUUGGAAAUGCUUAAAUUGAAGAGACUCUUGGCAGUGCUGCAUAUAGUGGAGUGUUAGGAGUCUAGAGAGUGUGGGGGAUAGUAGAAAAAGGUGUUGUUUAUAAACUCAUUUGUAAUCUGCUGAAAAAGAGUUUAUAUUAAAACAAAUGGAAGUAUGACCCUUCUGUGCUCAGAAAUGACUGCAGUGGAUCUCUCCAUCAUCCAGUCUUUUCUUUUGAACUCUUUGACUUAACUGACCUCUGAGAAAGGGGUGCAGGGGAGUCAGGGAAGCAAAACGGUAUUUCUAAAUAUAAGUAACUCUUGUAUAUAUGUGGAGGUUUUCCUGAAAAUCCCCAGCAACCCAAUGAGCAAGUGCAAAUCAGUGUCCAUUUCUUCCUUCCCAUGUGGCUUUACGCUGAGUGAUGCUCUCUCGCAAGUGGAUACAAAACCUAUGCAGACUUCUAUCCUUCACAUCUUUCUAGUACGUUACUUUGAAAUCCUACUCUUUUUUUCUUUGUACUGAUACGUCUUAUUAACAUCGGGAAAGGAAUCGUAUGUCUUAUUGGGAAGUGAGUUUCUUAGUUUUAUGACAGAAUUCUUUUGCUAUACCUCACAGCAAUCGUUGACUUCCUUGAUGGCAUGCUUCAUUUAUCACACUCCAGCCAGUCUCUUUGGUUGUGUCAUUUGUACAUGAGUCAUAAACUUUCCAUGUGUGCUGUGUGUCAAGGUUUUGAAGUUUUCAAUUAAAAAGUGUGCCAGUCUGAAUAUGAACCGUUGAUUUUAGUAACAUUGGACUUACAGAGGUUACAAGUAUAGGCAAGUGGUGGGGUGGGCAUAAGAGUAGUACAGAUGAGGGUCUAGAUGAAGACCCAAGUUGAGGCCAAAUACCAAGAUAAAAAAGCUGUGUGUGUCAAGAACAUGGAGGGAAGAGCGACUGACUGUAGGUGACUGUACACAGCCCUCAUCCCAGCUCUCCCCGAGUUUUUCUGUCGACUCCCUACUUCUCUGGCCUAUGCUCAGUAUUCACUAUGCUUACAGACAAACAGAAAUAGGGUCCCUUCGCUUCGUGUAAUUGAGCCACUACCAAGCUUGCUGGCAGCUCUGGCCAUAUUGUGAGGUGAUUAUCUUUGUGUCCUGAGUGACUUUGGAUUCAGAUUCUUGAGUUGUUCUUUAUGGAGCGGCACUUUAUCUGUGUUUUAGCAGAACUGUUCCUCUGUAUUCUUGACAGUUUUCCCUUGGUUUUUUGUUUCCUUUUAUUUUUUAAUUAUGCAUAGAGGGUUUUUUUGGUGCGUGUGUGAAAUUAAAGCCUUUAUUAACCUUG